GGACCUGGCACGGGACGACAGCCGGGCAGGUAGCUCCGGCCUGACCAGGGUGCCCAUGGGCUGAAGGCAGCUGGGAUCAAGAUGGGGCUGAGGCAGGGGCAGGAACAGGAACAGAGUUUGUGGCCCUGCUCACCAGUGCCUCACAGCCUGCGUCUGGCGCCGUGGCCAAAGCCAGUUUCACCCUCGUGCGCUCCUACCUGCUUUUCUCCAUCAGCUAUGAGCGGCUGGGCCGGCCAAGCCGCGUCCGCUUCACAGAGCCCGAUGGCAGCGUCCUGUUCGAGCACCCUGUGCAGAGGAAUGUGGACCCGCGGGACACCAUGAUCUGCGGCGUGUGGUGGAACCUGCACAAACCCUCCAUCCGGCUGCUGCGGGCCGAGCAGCUCCGCGUCUCGCUGGUCACCAAGGCACAGCCAGCUGGCGAGAUCCGGGGCCAGAUCUUCAAGCACCGGGCCCUCUUUGCCGAGACCUUCAGCGCCAUCCUGACCUCAGUGGACCCGACGCACCUGGGUGUGGGUGGCAUCGCCAUGCUGACCCUGAGUGACACAGAGAACAAUCUCCACUUCCUCCUCAUGGCCAAAGGGCUGCUGGAACCGGGCGCCCAAGAGCUCCCGUGGGUUCCCCUGCGGCUCCAGAUCCAGCACCAGGGCCGGGUGGUACGCGAGGUAUGGACCAACAUCACGGCGGAGGCCCCCGACUUUGCAGAGGUGUUGAGCGACCUGUCGGCCCGUGAGAUGCAGUGGCUGGGGCAGGGGCAGCUAGUGAUCGCAGUGCAGAGCGAGGGCCGGCCCCCGUGCCAGCUCGCCGGCACCAUUGCACCCAGGAGGAGCUGUGACACCAUCCAAAGCGUGCUGUGUGGGGCUGAUGCCCUGGUGCCAACCGAGACAGGAGCUGUGGGCUCUGCCAAGCUGUCGCUGCAUGAGAACGGGACGCUGGAGUACCAGGUCCAGGUGGCCGGGACGGGCAGCGAGGUUGUCAGCAUCACUCUGGAGACUAAGCCGCGGAGGAAAAGCAGGCGCAACAUCCUGUUCGACAUGACACCCAGCUACCAGGAUGGGCUGGCCAGCGGGACAUGGCAGGACCUGACGGCCCGGGACGCCCACAUGCUGCUGCAGAACGAGCUCUUCCUCAAUGUGGCCACCAAGGACUUUGAGGAGGGGGAGCUGCGGGGCCAGAUCAGCUCCCUGCUCUACAGUGGCCUCCUGGCCCGAUACGCAGUGCUGCCCACCCCCCUGGCGGGGCAGUUCGUGGUGCCAGCCGUGUGGACAGGUGCCGGGGGCCAUGCCUGGCUGUGGCUAGACGAGCACUGCCACCUGCAUUACGAGAUCGCCGUGGCUGGGCUGGGCCGGGCGGAUGAUGGCACCGUUAGUGCCCACCUGCACGGUGUGGCUGAGCUGGCUGGACCCAGCCGUGAGCCCAAGCGCCUGCUCAAGGGCUUCUAUGGCACUGAGGCCCAGGGCGUGGUGAAGGACCUGGACGCAGAGCUGCUGCGGCACCUGGCACAGGGCACAGCCUUCCUGCAAGUCAGCACCAAGCUGCACCCCCGCGGGGAGCUGCGGGGCCGGGUGCACAUUCCCAACCAGUGCGAGGUGGGGGGCAUGCGCCUGGCCCCCAGGGAUGAGGACGAUCUGCCGGAGGCCUCCAGGCCACGGGACGCGGAGCAGCUGAAGAAGGAUCCCAAUUCCUGCUUCUUCGAGGGGCAGCCCCGGGCCCAUGGCGCCCGCUGGGCCCCCGCCUACGACCCCAAGUGUUCACUCUGCAGCUGCCAGAAGCGCACGGUGAUCUGCGAUCCCAUCCUGUGCCAACCCCUCAACUGCACGCGCCAGGUGCACCCUGACAACCGGUGCUGCCCUGUCUGCGAAGAGAAGAAGCCUGGCCAGGAUGCGCCAAAGGCAGAGAAGGCACGAGACAGCAGCGAGGGCUGCUACUUCGACGGUGACAAGACAUGGCGGGGAGCUGGCACCCAGUGGCACCCAGUGGUGCCCCCCUUCGGCCUCAUCAAGUGUGCUGUCUGCACCUGCAAGGGAGCAACCGGUGAGGUGCACUGUGAGAAGGUGCAGUGCCCGCGCCUGAGCUGCACCAACCCCGUCCGCCUGAGCCCCUCCGACUGCUGCAAACAGUGCCCAGCCCCAGAGAAGAGCCCCCCCGAGCUGUCGGACAUGAUGCAGGCGGAUGGCCCGCGGGCCUGCCGCUUUGGGCGCCAUUGGUACAUGAACAACGAGAGCUGGCACCCCACUGUGCCCCCCUUUGGUGAAAUGAAGUGCAUUACCUGUUGGUGUGUGGCCGGGGAGACGCACUGCCAGCGCCAGGAGUGCCCACCCUCCGCCUGCUCUGGCAGUGCCAAGAAGGAGAACCGCUGCUGUACCAGAUGCCAGGCCCCGGACACCCUCUCUGAUGUCCUCGAGAAGCCCCACGAUGAUGUCCCGGAGGCCUGGAGCCACUAGCCGGGCAGCCAGUGGCCACAGCAUGGCAGCUGCUGGGGAACAGGUCUGGACCCCGGCCGCGGUGCUGUCUCCUGCUGGCUGGGGCUGGGGUCCGCGGCUGGACUGACCCUCGGACAUCCUCAGCUCAACUUGUGAUGGGUUCUGCCUUCAGGCCUGGGCAGUGGUGCUGGAGGAGCCCAGCUGUGCCCUUGCUCUGCCCCAUGGUAUGGGUCAUCUCAGCUGCUCCAGCCUGGCAGAGGAGCCGGUAGCGGAGCCCUGAUCUGGGCCACAGGAGGCCAGGGACAGCUCUGCACUUAACAUGAAUGCAGGGAGGGCAGAGCCGCAGCCCACUCGGGGUCACCAAGGGCUGGGCACUGCCCAGGGCCAUGUGCCAGGGCUGUCCAGUCCCUGGCAGAGGCAGAUAGCACAGUGCCCCAUGCCCAACCUAUACAUAGUGUACAGUCCCCCUCCCCCUGGCCUGCCCUGCCCCCCUCUGCCCCAUCCUCGUUCUGGGGGGCUGUGUAAUUUAUGGUUCUGGGGGCUGGGGUCCCCCCCACACAGACGGAUUAUUGGAGAUGAUGUAUUUAUUAAACGCCAGGUGAA